ACCAUGGAGACGGGAGUCGCCAUUAGUUAAUCUGCGGCCGCCCUUCUCUGAACGCCAAAAUGAUCAGUUUUUGACGUCUUAAUCGAUAACUGAGCUGCUUUACUUCCCACGCCACUGACAUAUCGAGAGAUGUCGCAGAGUUCAUAUAGCCAGAUGUGGAAGGAAGCCAUGUUAGAGCUAAGUCAUCUGCUGGCUGAAGAACUCCCCCCUGAACCCCCUCCACCACAGCGAGACAGGCUGGUCUUCUUCCAGCAACUGGCAACACUUUAUGUGCGCUACAUUCAAGUCUUCAGGCAGCUGGAGGAAGCCCACAAUGGCCUGGUCCAUCCUCAAAAGAGACGAUUAAUUCGUGUGAUUUUGAAUGGUGUGAUGGGAAGGAUCCUCGAGCUGAAGAACGACAUGGUGGAAACAGAGUUUUCAGAAUACCACUAUGUGAAUGAUGUCCUACAUGCGCUGAAACUCACACCUGCCGAACUUGAGAUACCCAUUCCACACUUUUUUCUCAAUGAACGCAGCAAAGAAGUUGAAGAACGAAAAACAAUGGUGAUGGAGAUUUUAAAAAAGGUCGAGGAUACGGAAAAUCCUGUUUCUCUGCACACUUCACUGGACAGGCUUAUGACUGAAAAGGAAGCCAUACAGAUCUUUCAAAUGGUAGAGAGGGCGCGGCAGGGCAGAAAAAGAGCUAAGUUAAGCAAGCAGACGAAAAGAGCCAAGACCACUGUAGCGCUUAGCCCUGAGGUUGCUGCCAUCCGGAUUCAGAAGGUCUGGAGGUCUUAUAUAGAAAGAAAGAAAAGGGAUGAGAUGAAGUUUUCCUUUGGAAUAGUAGCGUACACGGAAUAUGACACCCCUUCUUCAGCAGAGAUUGCUGCCCAAGCUAUUAAAUCUUCUAUUCAAAUACAACAGAAGAAGCACGAGGAAGAUUACCUAAAGUCAGUGGAGCAAAUCUUGAAGCAGCUCAGAGAAAUCGAGUCCCAAGACAUGAGCAACACAAUGAAAAAUCAGAUUCGGCAGUGGUUUUAUGAAUGUCGUGACGCCACAGGAGUUUUUCCAGACUACCCAAGUGAAGAGGAUGGUGGCUCAGCUCUCAUAUUUUCUGAAAAAACCCCUCAGCAGUUAAUGGAGGAAAUUAAGGAAUCAGAAGAUGAAGAAAAAAGGAGCAAGAUGAAGAAAAAAGAGGAAGUAAGAGUAAAUGAUGAGGAUGCGGGGUUGAAGAAGAUGCCCUCUGCUUUCCUUUCAGACUUGGAAGCAGCAAACAAAAGGUUUGAAGCGGUUUGGAAAAACCGUGAUGAGUCAGAAAACUUCACUCAGAUGCACGAGGUGGAGUUGAUAAAAGAAGAAAUAAGAAAAGUCAUAAAAGCAGAAGUUCGAAUAAAGGUUGAUGAAGAGAUGCGACAGGAACUCUCUGAGUUAAAGCUAGUAGUGGAUAAAGACAAGGGUGCCAAAGCAAGAGCGUAUGCUAAGAAGAAAAAAGUAUCCAAGGGUGGAAAAAAGAGGAAAAAGGAAAAAGAUCUGACAGCUGAUAGGACUUCUGAGUCUCUUUGCCAGGAGCUGGUGGAGCAAGGAUUAAUAAAACAGGCCAAAAAUGUUAGGAUGCAAGAUUUCUUGGGAGAAUCUAAUUAUCUUGGGACUGUUCUGAGACAAAAUGAUGUUGAGCCCAUGCCAUCAUUGCUAGAUGUCCGUGAAGUCUUGACCUUAUAUGCAAUUUUACCAUUGGGCUCUCAGGAGGUUCAUGAGAAGGCUCCUUUAGUAAAAUCCAUAUUGCUGGUGGGGCCCACAGGUGUGGGUAAGCACAUGUUGGUCCAUGCAGUUUGUCGGGAGACAGGUGCCACCCUGUUUGAUUUGUCCCCCUAUAACACAGCGGGAAAAUACCCAGGCAAGAAUGGACUGACAAUAAUGCUUCAUAUGGUCUUUAAGGUUGCGAGGCUUCUGCAACCAUCUGUGAUAUGGAUUGGAGAGACAGAGAAAAUUUUCUACAGAAAAGUUCCCAGGGAGGAAGAAGAGUUAGACCCUAGGCGACUAAAGAAGGUUUUGCCAAAGUGUCUCAAACUGAUCAAAGGAGAAGAUCGUGUCCUGAUAAUCGGAACAACAAGAGACCCACAAAGUGCUGAUAUUAAAGCGUUGUCUAAAAUGUACAGCAAAAUCAUUCUCAUCCCCAGACCUGACUACGGCUCAAGAUAUGUUUUAUGGAAAAAACUUAUCGAAAAGCAAGGAGGUAAAAUAAAGACAGUUGACCUCAGCAAUCUAACGAGGUUAACUGAUGGCUACACUCCAGGCCAUAUGGUUCAAGUCAUCAACAGCCUAGUUUCCGAAGUUCACAUCCAGGAGCUGGAAAAACGAUCCUUCAUCGCUGAUGAUUUUAUUCCACCAUUGAGCAAGCUGGAGCCCGUGUUCCAGAAGGAAGAGGAGGCAAUAAAAAGCUGGUAUGCGAAGACACCUCUAGGAAAAAGGAGAUAUAAAGCCGCCACUGGAAAAGAAGAGCAAACACCACCUAAAGGGAAAAAUUCAAAGAGGAAAGAUAAACAUCAAAAGAGUUUAAAAAAAAAGCAAAAAAGCUGAUAAAAAGAAUAAAAAAUAAAAUCAAACCCUUCCAAUAAAAAUCAGGCUAUCUUCAAAUGUAAAAAAACCAUGUUAAAAAAUAAAAUGGUCUGUGAAAUGAGAACACCUAUGUCGCCAUCCUCUGCUGUUUUUCAUGUCCCAACAGCACUCAGCAGAGAUUAUUCUGUUGAUAGAGUUUCAACGGUCUUAACAAAGCUCCACAGCACAUGGAGCUGUCCAUCAAAAGGGCUUAGACACAGCUAGGGUUGCUGCUGGCUUUGUUUCAUGCA